CUGUUCCUGCGUUCCACAGCAAUCAGAGCUCAAUAAUUCAACUGAUUGGAGAGAUGCAAAUGCCAAUUCCCCAAUAAAUUCUGAGGUUUUGAUCGAAUUGAAGAAAACCCAAAUCACGAAUCCUUCAUAUUUCUCUUCUCCUUGAUUGAAUUUUACUCCAUGUUGGGCAAGCGAUCUCGGCCGCCCAUCAGGCCGCUACCAAGCCCCAUUAUCCCCAGCGAUCAAAUCGGAUUUCCUGAUGCCAUUUUAAGCCCAAAAAGCCCACUUGGUUUCAAGAUCCGAUCACCAAAUAGGUGGAAGGAUUGCAACUCCGGCACGGUCGGACUAGCGAUCAUCGUCGCGCUGGAGAAAUCCGACGGUGGAUGCAGUGAAUUUCAAGCGAAAUUCGUCGUGGGUAGUUUGAAUUUGAAUAGAUCAGAUCCUAUUCCGGUCAGAUCAGCCGGAUGGGCUAAAAAUGCAGCUAAAUUUAGAGGAUUUUCCGAUGAAACUUAUACUAGAGUGACUUUUCAUGGGCCCAACAAGUCCUGUAGCACUAGAGUUUAUGGUGGUGCAUGUGAAUGCCACAGAAGCGAACUUGAUCAAAAGCAGAGGAAUUUUGGGGUGUUUUACACAUCACCACCACAAUUUACAGACGAAAAUCUAGCCUUUCCGACGUCGGAUUUCCUCAGUUCCUGUUACCUGUGUAGGAAAAAGCUUCAUGGGAAGGAUAUAUACAUGUACAGAGGCGAGAAGCCGUUUUGUAGCAUAGAGUGUCGGUACCGACAGAUAAUAAGCGACGAAUGCACAGAAAAAUGCCGACCCGAAGCUGCAAAAUCUUCAGACCUGUCGUCUUCGCCUUACAAUGGGGGUUGGAUCUUCUCUCCUGGAGUUGCUGCAGCUUAAUUAGGCCAUGAGAAGACAGUGACAAUGAUUGUAUUUGAAUAUAAAUGGAGCAUACAUGCAUACAUAUACGAGGAUUAAUAUAGAGAAAUUUUGAAUGUAAGUAUGGGUUUGAAGCUGAGCUAUGAUGAAAAUUGGGCUUUGAUAAGCUCACACACGUGUGCAAGUUCAUGUGUAGCAUGAUAAGUAGGUGUGAGGUCAAAUUCAUCCAUCAGGUAGGUCUGAUCUUGUACAUCUUUUACCAAAAAUAAAAUGUGGUCCACUCAGGAUGUGGGGUCCAA